GGUUUGACAGCGGGGGCGAGCAAAGCUGAGCAGUAGGGAUGGCUUCUGGGUGGGAGCCGGAGCGUUCAGAUCCCGAUUCCCGGCCCCCGAUCCUCUCCCAGGCCCAAGCCUAGAAGGAGGGGCUUAGAGCUGGGAGGGACCCUAGGGGUCUUCUAGCCCAACCCCCUCAUUUUACAGAAGGGGAAACUGAGUUCUAGAGUUGUGGAGCGGUAUACAGUCACCCCUCUGGUGUACUUGACUCCAGCACGGGGAGAGCGAUUCGGGCCUGACCCCAGAAGUGGUCAUUGAUGAUGUCACAUUGGCUUGGCUGGAGGUGUCUCCUGGAGUGCCCCGCGUCUGUGCUCUUUGCUCUGUCUGGUGAUGAUGGAGGAGGAGAAAGAGGAAGAAGAGGAGGAGGCCUGGCUGCAACUCCGACCCACUGAACCUUUGCCUGCUCAAUGCUGCGGUGGUGGCUGCAAACCCUGUGUAUUUGACACCUAUUACCAGGAGCUCACUUGGUGGGAAAAAGCCCGGGCCAAGAAAGAUAAGAGUCUCCUGUGGAGAAAGAAGGAAGAGCACCGUGUCUCAGAGCUGAGCCUGGAAACCUUUCAGGCCUUCAGUAUUAGCGCUGUGGAGCCUCUGACAAAUGACACCUGCCAGAUCCGCUUCGAGCUGCCUGGGAACGAGCAGCUGGGGCUGAGCCCCGGACAGCAUCUCAUCUUACGGGGGACCGUGGAUGGCUUGGAAAUUCAGAGAGCCUAUACUCCCAUUAGCCACAGGAACUCGGAGGGGUAUUUCGAAGUUUUAAUUAAGUGCUAUGAGACGGGUCUCAUGUCCCAGUAUGUCAAGUCCUGGAAAGUUGGUGAUACAGCAUUUUGGCGGGGACCUUUUGGGGGCUUCCCCUACAGACCAAACCAGUAUGGUGAGCUCCUCAUGCUGGCUGCAGGCACUGGCCUGGCACCCAUGCUGCCCAUCCUGAAGGAGAUCACGGACAAUGAAGAGGAUGAGACAUUCGUCACCUUGGUUGGCUGCUUCAAGACCUUCAAGGGCAUCUACCUGAAGCCCUUCCUCCAGGACCAGGCUCGUUACUGGAACGUUAGGACCUUCUUCGUACUCAGUCAGGAAGCUUCCCUGGAUGAGCUGCCCUGGAGUUACCAAGAAAAGACCCACUUGGGCCGCCUCAGCCAGGCCCUGGUCCAGGAGCUGGUCAGCUCCUGCCGGAGGAAGCCCUUUGCCUUGGUCUGCGGCCCAUCCGAGUUCGUUCGAGACAUGGCCUUGUGUUUGCAGGCGACUGGACUAACCAAGGAGUCCUACUUCCUGUUUUAGCCCUGGCUGUCCAUGGAAGAGGAGAGAAGAUAGAGAGAGGAUGCCAUGGCCCAUCCCUCCAACCUCUUCCUUUUAUGGCUGAGAAAAGGGUAGCCUAGGGAGGGUAGGGCUUUGGGUCAGGGUAGUGUUAGGGGAACCCUAUGAUAAUGGAAAGAACACUGGAGCCAGAGGCAGAGGACUCCAUAACACCCCUGAAGAGGUAUGACCCGGCUUCCACUUGCAGACCUAUAGUGAUGGGGAACUCACUACCUCCCGAGGUAGCCCAAUUCACAGCAGUUCAGCUUCAGGUUGGAGGUGAUUUUUCCUGACACUCAGCUGAAGUCUGCCUCAAUCCAUCUACUCAUUGGUCCAAAUUCUACCCUUUCUACUUCAAGUCCUUAAAAACAGCUCUCUGUGCCCGCUGAGCCUUCUCAUCUCCAGGCUAAGCUUCUGGGGGUCUUUUGGUAGUCUUCACAUAUGGCAUGUUCUCUGCUUAUUGCCUUUAAUUCUGCCUUCAGGGCCAAGCUCAGAAUCACAGAAUCUCAGGGCUGGGGAGGGAUGCCAGGGGCCAUCUCGUCCAACUGCCGCUACCUGAACAGGAAUCAAUAAUGCCCCGACAAGUGGUCAUCAUCCUGCUGUGUAAUACUUCUAGUGACAGAGACCUCACUACCUCGCAAGGUGACCCAUUCCAGUCUUGGACAGCUCUGAUGGUUAAAGCAAUGUGUCCUGGUUUCAGGCCAAAUGAUUAGCUUCUCUGUGCCUUCCCCCACUUGUUUCUGGGCAUAGGGCAUUGAUGGGGGCAUGGAGGAAGCCUCAGUGUCGUGGGGGGCAUGGAUUAGGGAGGAAGGAGGGAAAGAGAAGCUGCUACUUCCAUGACUUUACCAUGGACCAGCACGUCUUCAGAUCCCCCAGGGAGAGGGGGAAAAGCUUAGUGGCUUCUGUGCUCUCCACUCACUUAGAAAAGGAAUUUUGAGCUCCUGGGAGCUUUCUCCUGUGAGCAGGAGGUCGUAGGUCUUGGGAUUUAGCUCCAAGCCCCUCACGUUACCAAUCAGCAGAUGGUGGCAUUGAACACAGGGCCAGCAUUUGAACCCAGGUCUUUAGUGUCCAUUAUAACCUGGGCUCUUCUCUCUUCUCUGCAUCAGCUGUCAUUAGCUGCAGGCCUUGUCACCUUAUAUCAGGGGCUCCUUCCUUUCUUGUCCGAGAAGUGGAGUCAGGACCCCUGCCCUUAGAGGGUCAUGGCUCUGUCCUAAGAGGGCUGGGUUGGCACAUACAGGUACAUGUUGUCUCCCUUAAAAGAAUGUAAACUCUUUGAGAGCAGGGGCUGUUUCUUUGUGUCCCUAGUGCCUGACACAUAGUUGGAGCUCAAUAAAUGCUUGUGGUUGGAUUGAUUGUGUAGACGUAGGUCUGGGCGGCUAGACAUGUUCUAGUGUGUGUCAGGCAUGCUGGGGGGUAGGAAGUUAUCAGAACACGGGUCAUCAAAGGUAGAGGUAAGGACACAAAGCUGGGCUGUCCAGCGGGUAGAGGGGGAUGGCAAUAGUCCCGCUGUCUUCUACUCUGGUCAGACUACAUCAGGAAAGGAAGAUCACAGGAUGCAGUAUUUAGAGAAAGGGAACCUCAGAGAUCCUCAAGUCCAACCCUCUCAUUUUAUAGAUAAGGAAACUGAGACCACAGAGGUUGGAUGACUUGCCCAAGGUCACAUAGUAAAUAUCAAGGCCAGGACUUGAAUCCACUUCCUCUGACUCCACAGCUUCUUUUGCUAGGAAAAUAAAAGCAGGAGAAUUAAAUCACCUUUGUGACGUGGGUGCCACAAGGUUUUGUACGUGAGAAGACAGCUUUUCCCCAGUAAACCCCCAGAAAAGCAGGAAAAUAUUUCUAUUUGUAAGACUAUUGUGAACAGCUUUUUGGUGGUGUUAGCUUCUCCCCUGCAGGAUUAUUCUGGAGAUCCAAGCCAAGCAUCCAACUCAUUCAUGCAGCCUAGGGGGCCAGUCCUGUUGUCUCACCCUCCACCUCUCACAUACACCUUCCUGUCCACUCACACCCCCUACCCUGCUCCAGGCCCUCCUGACCUCUCACCUGAAUUUUAUUCUCUUUAUUCAUUUUGUUAAGUAUUUCCCAAUUAUGUGUAAAGGAAAAUUCUAACAAUCAUUUUUUUUAAUUUUAAGUUCUAAAUUCUCUCCCUCCUUCCUGUGCCUCCGCCCUCAUUGAGAAGGCAAACAAUUUGAUGAUUUCUGCUAGUCAUGUGAAGUUAUGCAAAACAUCUCAAUAUUAGCCAUUUUCCCAAAUAAAAAAAGAAGGAAAGGAAAAUAACAUUGAAAAAUUAUACUUUCAUUUCUAUUCUGAGUUUGUUUCUUUGGAGGUGGACGGCAUUUUUCAUCAUGAGUCCUUUGGAAUUGUCUUGGAUCAUUGCCCUGAUCAGAGUAGCUAAGUCUUUCACAUUUGAUCACUGAAUUACUAUUUUAAACUAAAUUAUUUUUCCAAAUGACAAAAAUUUACUUCAUCUCCAUCCUGCCUCCUCCCACUAUUAAAAAAAUAUCCUUAUGACAAAUACACAGUCAAUUAAAAGAAAUUCCCUCAUUGUUCGUGUGUGAAAAAUAUGUCCUGUUCUGCAUCCUGAAUCCCUCACCUUUCUGUUGGGAGGUGGGUAGCAUGUUUCAUCAUUGGUCUUCUGGAAUUAUGCUUGGUCAUUGGUUGGUUAAUUAGCAUUCUGAAGAUCUUUAUAAUGUUACUAUAUAAGCUUCUGAUUCUGCUCACUCCACUUUGCAUCAGUUCAUACAAGUCUUCCCAGGGUUCUCUGAAACUGUCCUUUCUU